AGCUCUUGCCUGUUGCGAGCCCUGAGAGCGCAGAGACAGUGUGGCUCCUGGCGCGAAGAAAAACUAGUUUUCCCUCCCCAUAUGAUUAUUUUUUCCGCCAAUGCUCAAUUCUACUCCCGAUGAGCACAUGAAAAGAUUUUCACUUGAACAACUCGCCUUCGCACCACCACCGUGUCCCGAAGCUCGUCUCACCAUUUCAUCGCUUCCGCCAAAAACUCUCGCGUUUUCCACCAUUUCACCUAGAAAUGAAGAGCUCCGCUGUGACGGCAGCUCACUGCCAAGCUGCGCCGGCUGCGGCGGCAAGCAUCAAACCUUCGCGCCCGGUGGAGACGGCGUACUUGCAAGGUCAGCCAGGCACGCCUUUUCCCGUCAUUCGUGGAAUUGGCUGGUCUGAAGACCAAGGCAGGCGACCCGACAUGGAAGACGGAAUGGUCGCGAUUUCGAAUUUGGCAGGUGUCGCGAACGCCUGGCUUCUUGGAAUCUACGACGGCCACGGGGGUCGACAAAUGGUGGAGAUGCUGCUGCAGAAGAUCCACGGCAAUGUUUUGCAGCAUCUGCGAAGCCGAGCAAUCGAACGCUGGCAACGGUAUCGCCAGCGAGCGAUGUCUCGCCUGCAGGACAUUCGCCGGCGCUUGGACGAACUUCACUUCCAGCAACAACUCGCGUGCAGGGACGUUCGAGUACUCAUGCCGCCCACUCAACGGCUAGUUGAGUUAUUGCGGCUCGGGCGGAUUUGCGAAUGGGUGCUUCAGUGCGAAGAACCUUCUCAAGAAGGUCGUACGGAGACUGAGAAGAGCUCUGCAUCAAAGGCUCCCACACCCCCGAGUUUUUUGACGAUCUGCACAGAAGAAGACGUGCACAGAGCUUUGGACGAGGCUUUCGUUCAGACAGACGUCGAAAUUCUUCGUGACCGCGUUUACCAAAGCGGCGCUACCGCGUGCGUGUGUCUGGUUCGGCCAGUUCUACGGCUCGAUCUUCUGCUGGAGAUGCGUCCUGAAGAGAUCUCGGAUGCAGACUGGGCUUGGUUUUCCGUGGAGCGUCAAAAACCCAACGUCAUCCCUGCGUCCACCCCGUCUCGGCAUGCCAUUGUCCAAGCAGACAUAACAGUUGCGCACCUGGGCGACAGCCGCGCCGUUCUCGCUUACACGGACGGCCACGCAGAACGCCUGACGCAUCCCUCGGACCACAAAGCUGGAUGCGAAAGAGACGCUCGUCGUGUGGAAUCUCUAGGCGGUUGGGUCUUCGGCGAGCGCGUCAACGGAAUGCUGGCAAUAGGACGAGCGUUCGGAGAUUGGUCCCUCAAGUUGCCCCCAGGAAAGGCGAAUCCCCCUUACUCACCUACAAGCGGAGCAUUCGAUCGGCUCCUCAAUAUCUUCGGGACGUCUCCAUCGCACGCUGCAGAACAGGCGGCCGCCGAGCGAAAAGAGUACGUGGUCAGCAACGCGCCAGAUGUACGGAGUGUCAGUCUGACUCCUGAAAGGCCUGCACAGGUACCUGGAGGAAUACGUCGGAAUUCCCCGUCUUCCAGAGCAUCUGAGUCCCAGACAGCGAUGUCAGGACAAGAAACCGGAGCGGGUCGCGUACCUGGGCUGCUCGUCCUCGGCUGUGACGGCUUGUUCGAUGUCUGCUCGGACCAAGUCGUUGCCCACCUAGCCCUGGAAUUCCUAAGACAGUUAGUCGCCGUUCACCCGGACAUGUCACCGUGUGAAGCGGCCAAGGCAACAGCCAGGAUGCUCAUUGAAGAAGCCAUCGGCGUGCGGGGCAGCACUGAUAACGUGUCUGUGAUGGUUGUCCUCUUUCAUUCCUUUGGAUUCUCGGGGCGCGAUGGGGUGACUCCUUCACCGCCGACUUGGUAUGCUGCCGCGGCAGCUAAAUUCGCAUGGCUGGCAGAGGGAGUCUCACGGAACGUCUUCGUACCAAGAGGGAAGCCGCGGUGCCCUGGAGAGACAGUAGCUCGAGGCGCUCUGGCAGCGCAUGCACUGCGGGAUGCUAGGUCCUUUGCUGGAAAUAUCAGCAUCGGUCAGUUCGAUUCAGGAUUCGGAUAGGCGAUACUUGCCGCUCCACCUGGCGUUGGUUCAGCAGGCCGGUGGCAAAUACCCCAGGAGAUCGAAAGAGGGAGAACUGGCAGUAAACAAAACGGUGGUGGGGGACAAAGCGAGCAGUAACCUCAGG